AUGCAUCUUCUCUUCUCCCCACGUUUCCUCUUCUUCUCCGCCCUCAUCCCCUUCCUCGCCUCUAUCGCUCUCUACCGAAUCGACACAUUUGAUCCCGCUCGUUUUCCCGCUGAAUCAUUGGUCUAUUCCACUAACUCCAUCCCGCCGCUUCUCAACGACCGAUUUCUCACCGGAGCUGAGUUUAUCGGCGUCGGUCUUCUAAAUAGCCCCGAGGAUAUCGCCUAUCACCGAGACUCCGGCCUCAUCUAUACUGGCUGUGCAGACGGAUGGGUGAAACGUGUCAAGGUUCUCGAGACAGCUAAUGACUCAGCCGUUGAGGAUUGGGUUAAUACCGGCGGUAGACCGCUCGGCAUCGAUUUCGGACUCUACGUCCGUGCUUUGUCACACAUAUCUUUGCCAUCCAAAUCGUAG